AUGGCUCGAGACGCGAAGCGACCCCUGGGCUGGCGCACCUGGCGAGCUCGUGCGCAGGUCGCUCACGGACAUGAAGCUUGGUGGAGGACUACAGCCAAAGCUGAAGGGUCUUUUCAGCAUGGCACCGUCUUUUGCGCUCAUGUGGAAGACCCGCUCGCCUGGCAGCGGACGGGAUUGUACAAAUACAUAGUAGUCGCCUGGGAUCAGAGGAAACGCGCAUACGAGGCCUGGGAAGCAUCUGGCCUUCAUACCAGAUUCUUCUCAGAAGGUGAAGUCUCAGCUGGAGUGGAACUCUUGGAGGAUGUUGUUCGACAGAACGAGGACAUGCGCAGCUGGUGGAGAGAUGAUGAGCUUCCACCUUUGCCUCCGCUCGAACUCUGCGGAGGCUCAGUGGGCAGCGCUCAGCGGCGAAGAUGUCCAGGUCGCGAGGCUGUAUUUCCACCCCGAGUUUCUGGUUAUAAGCCAUAUGGAACGCUGGAGCUUGCUGGGCCGCUCCUUUUUCAUCUACAUUCGAGGCGCCUGAAGGAUGCUGACUUCAAAGAUGUGGUCGACAUCGGUGCAGGCCAUGGCCGCACCGCUGCAUGGCUCAACAACGCCUGGGGCUUCGAGGUCCGGGCUUUCGACGUUGUUUUACCCGAAAGUCCGGAGUUCGGUGUGGAGAUGUUCGAUGGUCGACAGCUUCCGUUGGAGAACAAGAGUGUUGACUGUGCUCUGUUUUCAUUCGUGCUGCAUCAUUGCCGGCACUUCGAACUGCAGAGGGCCCUGCUUCAAGAGGCGGCGCGCGUGUCCAGAAGCUGGAUAGCCGUUUGUGAAGACACCCCAGAAGAAUCCGCGCACUGGAAGGGAACUCGAGGACACGACCACUUGGGCCAGUUUAACUCAGCCAAUGACUGGAUGAAGAUGUUCAACAAGAUAGGACUCAAGCUAUUGCGCCGGGGACGACUCUGGGAAGGUCCUCGGAAAGGGCCAAGCCCAUACUUCUGCACAAGAUCUUUCUUCAUUCUCGAGGUGCCUGCGGACCUUUGUCCGCUGCCAGCAACGGGACCAGUCGGCCUUUCUAGUUGCGGCUGUUUGCCCGCGAGAGGGGCAACUGCACACCAGCGAGAAUUCCUGACAGAUGAUGAGCGUCAAGGAUUGCUCAAAGCUGCUAUGGAAGCCGACCCUGUUGGAGCUGAGAUCAUUGGAAAUAUCAGGGAUCGCUGGCUCAGCUGUGCUCAAGAUGGUAGUGAAGCGGACACGAUCUUCUCGACUUUCUCGCAGCUGAAACUGCCCCCCAGACUCCAGCGAAACCUUCAGCUUCAAGGAAUCUUGAGGCCUUCUCCGGUCCAAUGUGAGGCCAUUCCUGAAGCUUUGACAGGGCGAGAUCUCGUGGGUGUCGCUGCCACAGGCAGCGGGAAGACCCUAGCAUACUUGCUGCCACUGCUCCUUCGUAUCCUCUCUGCGGGGACUCCAACCGGUGCAUUUGGUCUCGUACUGCUUCCAACCCGCGAGCUGGCACUUCAAGUGGCCGCAUGUGCCGAAGCUUUGAUCGGCCCUGGCGAGCAGGACGGACUUGGCCAGACUUGUUCCGACGGCGAUGGCGUCGACUUUGAGAAGCAAAGUGAUGAUGAAUUGUCUCGAAUCUCUAUCGUGUCCAUCUUUGGAGGGGCCUCGCGAUGGGAACAGCAGCAUCAGCUGCAGCAUGGGAGGAAGUGGCCAGAUUGCCAACUUCCAGGCCAUGCAUGGGUGAUUGCUGCCACACCGGGGCGCCUGCUUGAUCUGGUUUGCAGUGAGAUGGACGAAGGUCGCCGCCCCUUGCAAAGCGUGCGGGUGCUGGUGCUGGAUGAGGGCGACAGGAUGCUGGAAGAGGGUCUGGGUGACCAGCUGGAUGCUGUGGCACGCCGCGCAGCGCCGUUGCGCCAGACUCUCUUCUUCUCGGCGACAUGGUGUGAAGACAAGGUCGGGAAACCAGCCGCUUGUUUUUGCCGGCAAAUUCCGGUCAUCCUACGAAUUGGGUCAGGUGAUUCAGCUGAAGAUUCGUUGAGGCAGAGCUGUCUGGCAAACAGGAACAUUCAUCAGAUCGUCGAGGUAUUCGAUGCUGAGGAGUCGGAGGAAGAGCGAGAAGAACGGAAGCUGUCUCGGCUUCUUGAGCUUCUGAGACUCGAACUGCAGUUUACCAGGCCGGACCAGGUCGAUAGAGGCGAGGACAGGGAGAGUCUUCGAAAGGCUCUCGUAUUUUGCAUGACGAAGAAGUUUGCAGAGACUUUGGUGGCGAAGCUCGGCGCAUCAGGCUGCCCGGCUGUGGCCGUCCACGGCAACAAGACUCAGACAGAGCGCUUGCAGAACCUGGCCGCUUUCGCAAGUGCCACCUUGCAGGCUCCUCGUAUUCUGGUGGCAACAGAUGUGCUGGGCCGUGGAAUCGAUCUUCCCAAUGUGACGCACGUCUUCGUCUAUGACAUGCCCGGCUGCAUCGAGGAUUAUGUGCACCGCAUUGGGCGGACGGCACGAGGAUUGGAUGGCCAGGGCAAGUCCAUCACCUUCUUCGAGUUUGCACCUUGCGUGCCAAACCUUGCAGAGGAACUGGCUCAUCAUCUGGCUGGCACGUCUCAGCACAUUCCCGUGCAGCUGCAGCGGAUAGUGGAGGAAGUUGCAUCUGGAAGCCGAGCUCCAGGGAAAAAAACCCGGACCAGAGAGGGUGAGACGAACGACCAGCAGACAGCCAGUCUCACGGAUCUGGCGACGCCGGAAGAGCUGGGUGAUUGGAAUGCUGGUGGCUAUCGAUCCUGGAUGAUCGAAAUGAAUGCGCCGCUCGGCACACGAGAGAGCAAGGCACAGGACACUGGCUGGCUGGUGUUUGGCAGUGCAGGCGUCCUGUACACGGACCGCGGCCACGGUCGCUGGAAGUUGGAGGAGGAGCACAUGCUUGUGAACUUCGGAACUUUGGAUCUCCGCCUCACUCUUCGCAAGAUCUGGAAUGGGAGGAAGCAUCCCAAUUUCCUUGCCGAGGACAGCAAUCUUAUGGAAGCGGGUGUUUCCUUGAGUGGAUGGGUGCAGAGGUCGACGAAGACGUACAAGUUCCAGGCCCAUGCUUCCACUCGUAGGAAGCACGCACGGCACGAGGAGUCCUGCAUGGUUCUGCCGAGCCCAACCGUUCUCAAGACUGACCAUCGUGCGGCUGCAAUCAGCUCGGGAGAGACGAAGAUGCUCGAUGUGCCGGCACCACGUAAAAGGGCAAAAAAUCAGAUAGCUGGCGCCGCUGUCAGUCGGGUCGAGACCAUGCAGAAGGCCUCUGCUCCGCAAGCAGCGCGACUUGUGACCACGACCAUGCCAGCACACCCUGCACAUCCUACACAUUCUGCGCACACUACGCACUCGCAGCUGCAGGCCGAGAAGGAGCUGCUCACCGAAGAAGCAUCGGAGGCUAAAGCCGAAAGCACAGCUCUGCGCGGACAGCUUAAGACUUUGGAGGCUCGCUGUGAAAAGCAAGCCUUGCAGGUCGCAGAGCUCUCGCUUGAACCGGCGCAGAUCGUUCGGCGCUUGCAGGGCGAGGUGGCCUUCCUGGAAAAUCGAGUCCUAGAGCAGCAGGCAGCGCUGGAGGUUGGUGCAAAGAAAGCCGAGCUGACCUUGCGCGCCGAGCUAGACGUGAAGAGCCAUGAGGUUCUCACUCUGCGGCGGACAAUGGAAGCUCGGGAGAACGAGGUCCGUAGGUACCAGCAAGAGUUGGAAGCGAUCAUUGCUGAGCUUUCUGUGCUUCGUGGUAGCUGA